UCCGGAUUUGCGGUGCCAAUUUGGCGGCUUUUGCAGCAUGGAUUGGGACCGCGGCGCCGUUUCUUCGCUGGCUGGAGGCGGACAGCCUGGAGCGCCAGGGGCCGGUGGAGCUUCCACUUCUACGUCGUCGUAUGAUUUGACUCGUCGAUGCGUGAGCUUCCUUCGAGGUUUUCGUGAAGAAAACACGUUUGUCUACCGCGCGCAACUGACAUCGCACAUUCGUCGGUCACACCUCGUGCUCGAAGUGGAACUGCGCGACCUCACGUCGUUCGACGCCGAGUUGGGAGACAUGUUUCUGUCCAAGCCCGCGCAAAUGUUGCCACUCCUUGAGACUGCGGCCGCACAAGUUGCCAAACAGCAGCAACAGUCGCACCCGAUUCAGGUUGUGCUCAAGAGCGCAGCGAUGGAAAGCAUGCGGCUGCGAGAUGUUCACGCAUCCCAGGUGAAUCGCCUCGUCAAGGUUCCUGGUAUUGUUAUCAGCUCGUCGAAAGUGCGCGCCAAGUGCAUGAGCAUCACGGUGCAGUGCAAGAACUGCGGCCAUGUCAAACACCUUGCUUGUCCGAGUGCAUUCCAGGGUGUCGCCGUCCCUCGGAACUGCGAUCGCCGCGCACAAAACGACGCGGAAGGCAACAUGGGCGUGCUCCAGCAAGACUGUCCGAAGGACUCUUAUGUUAUCAUGCCUGACAAGUGCACGUACGUCGACCAGCAGACCCUGAAGCUCCAGGAGAGUCCGGAAGUCGUGCCGACGGGGGAAAUGCCGCGCCACUUGCUUCUCUCUUGCGACCGGUAUUUGGUGGACAAAGCGUCCCCCGGCACCCGCGUCUCAGUCCUCGGGAUCUCGUCUGUAUUCAACGCAAAGAAGCAGGUCGGCGCCGUGGCCAUCCGCACGCCCUAUCUCCGCGUCGUUGGGAUCGAGAUCAACGAAGAGGGUGCAGGCCGCGCCAAAGUUGUGUUUACCCCACGAGAAGAAGAAAUAUUUGCCGACAUGGCGCGCGACCCAAACCUGUACGAGAAACUGUCGGCUUCGAUCGCACCGAGCAUCUAUGGGGACUACACCGUCAACAUCAAGAAAGCCAUCGCGUGCCUCUUGAUCGGGGGUAGUCGAAAGCGGCUUCCCGAUGGCAUGAUUCUGCGUGGUGACAUCAACGUGUUGCUCCUUGGAGAUCCAUCCACCGCCAAGUCCCAGUUUCUCAAAUUCACUGAAAAGGUGGCCCCCGUCGGAGUGUACACGAGCGGGAAAGGCAGUUCCGCAGCUGGGCUAACGGCAUCCGUCAUCAAGGACGCAAAGGGCGAGUUCUUCCUAGAGGGUGGCGCGAUGGUGCUCGCAGACGGCGGCGUCGUGUGCAUUGACGAGUUUGACAAAAUGCGCGAGAGCGACCGCGUCGCGAUCCACGAAGCCAUGGAGCAGCAAACGAUAUCCAUUGCCAAGGCAGGGAUCACUACCAUUCUCAACUCACGGGCGUCCGUGCUGGCGGCGGCGAAUCCUGUCUUUGGCCGCUACGACGACAUGCGCAGCGCGUCCGACAACAUCGAUCUCAUGAGUACAAUUCUGAGUCGCUUUGACUUGAUCUUCAUCGUGCGCGACAUUCAAGACGAGACUCGCGAUCGCAACAUGGCGGCGCAUGUAGUCCGGGUCCACACGAACCAGCUCAACCAGACGCUGCAGGACGCGCAUGGGGAGAUUGAGCCGGCCCUCAUGAAGCGCUUCAUCACAUACUGUCGGCAGCGCAUUGCACCCCGGCUGUCCAUGGAGGCGACGCAGACCCUCCAGGACUUUUACGUUCAGGUCCGCGACACAGUACGCCAGGAUGAGAAAGCGCGUGCGAUUCCCAUCACAGUCCGGCAACUGGAAGCGUUGGUGCGCAUCUCGGAGAGUCUGGCCAAGAUGCAUCUGAAGAUCGAAGUGUCCCCAGAGAACGUCGAGGAGGCGAUCCGACUGUUCAAGGUCUCGACGAUGAACGCAUCGCAAGACGGCGGGACCCAAGGUCUCUUUGGCGCCUUCCACGAAAAAGCAGCCGUCGUCGAAGACGCUAUUCUGAAGAUGGUGCAUGUUGGGGUGCGCAUGGACACGACCGCGCUGUACACGAAGCUCGAGUCGCAGGGACACAAUCCAAAUGCAAUCCAGCGCGCCAUCCGCGGCAUGGUCCAGAAGGGCUCCCUCAAGCAGAUGAACCAGUACAAGUACAUUAUGCGCGCGAUGUAGCGAAGAAUUAUAUAUCCGCGGAAGAAUACUUGCGACAUGGGGACAUAUACAUAACUCUAAGUGACGGCGUGCACAGAAGCGGCGGCGUCCAUGGGCUCAUGCGUGCUGCUUCUUGCCGCGAAGGAGGUUCGUGAGAAAGUACUCGCCGGCCUUGUAGCUCGACCGCACCAUCGGGCCAGACGCUACAUACAGAAACCCCAUGCUCUCGGCGACCUUUUGCCAUUCCGCAAACGCUUCGGGCGUGAUAUACGCGGCGACCGGCAUGUGCUUGGUCGAGGGACGGAGAUACUGGCCGAACGUCACAACAUCCACGCCCGACGUGCGGAGGUCCUUGAGCGUCUGCAUGAUGUCCUCGGGGGAUUCGCCGACACCUAGCAUAAUGGACGUCUUGGUAAUCAACGACGGCUGGGCAGCCUUCGCAAGCUCGAGCACAUGGAGGGAUUGGCGGUAAUUGGCGCGGUAAUCGCGCACGCGGCGCUGCAGUCGCUCGACCGUCUCGAUGUUGUGCGCAAACACGUCCAAACCAGAACGGGCCACCGUUUCGACGAGGUCGACGCGGCCGGAAAAGUCGGGCGUCAGGCAUUCGAUCAGAAUCUCCGGGAGGGCCGCUCGCAAAUGACGCACCUGAAUACAACACGUCAGGAGGCGGCAUCGGGAGAAUUCGUACGGUGGAGGCAAAGUGUUCGGCGCCAGCGUCAGGCAAAUCGUCGCGAUCGACACUAGUAAACACGAUGUAGUCGAGACCCCAUUGCGCAAUCGCCUUCGACACGUUUGCAGGCUCGUUGGGGUCCAGCGGAGGAGGACGGCGGCUUGUCUUCACGGCGCAAAAACUGCACCCGCGGGUGCACGUGUCACCCAUGAGCAUAAUUGUCGCAGUGGCAGUCCCGUUCUUCCCACCUCCCCAGCAUUCUCCAAUGUUGGGACAACGGGCUUCUUCGCACACUGUCGCCAACUUCAGCGAGCGGACUGUAUCGCGCAGACGAAUGUAGUUUUCUCCAGUCGUGGGUUGCGCCUUGAGCCAGUCGGGCUUGCGGUUCGACGCGCUAGGUCGACGUGAAGGCUUCACGGGGGAUGCAAGGUCUUCCGCACGAAGAACAUUGUCUCCCCACGAGACGAUGGGUUCACGGACCUUGGCAGCUUCUUCCGCCAGCUGGGCACGCAAUGCUUCGAGGCGGGAUUGCCGAGACGCACCGACAGCAGUCGACGAGAAGAACCUGCGCAUCUUCUUGAUGAAUGGUGUCGAAAUCAGGCGAGA